CUCGCUCCCGCUCUUUCAAUUCCAAGGUUGUCUUUCUCUCUCUACUUUCUUUCUCUCUCAUCGAGGGGAGCAUGGCUUCUUCCUCUCUCACGGUCUUCUCUUGCGGCGCCGCCAGCAUGAAGCAGGGAAGAAACCCUGCUCCUCUGAGCCGAAUCUUCUUUGGGAAGGACCUCUCUCUAAACCACCAUGUCUGCCCACCUUCCAGAAUGGAUUGUUUUUCCAAGAGUGGAAGAAAGGAUGUUUUUAUCAACCACAUCGUCAACUCUGUUACUGAUCUUGUUAUGGAUAUGUCCACUGAGGAAAGUAGACUUUCGAAGGGGGACAUGUGGGCAGUUCACAAAUUUGGGGGAACAUGCGUUGGCACACCAAAAAGAAUCCAAAAUGUUGCUCAAAUAGUUGUGAAUGAUUCAUCUGAGAGGAAAGUUGUAGUUGUUUCUGCUAUGUCAAAGGUUACAGAUAUGAUGUAUGACCUUAUUCACAAGGCACAAUCGAGGGAUGAUUCCUAUUUGACUGUGUUGGAUGAUGUUUACGAGCAGCACAAGUCAACUGCAACUGAGCUCAUCGAUGGGGAAAUUCUUGAAAGUUUCUUAGAACGUUUGCAACAUGACAUUAAUAACCUCAAAGCAAUGCUUCGUGCCAUUUACAUAGCUGGCCAUGCUACAGAGUCCUUUUCAGACUUUGUUGCAGGAUAUGGAGAGUUGUGGUCUGCUCAGAUGCUAUCAGCUGUCAUUAAUAAGUAUGGAGUACCUUGCAAAUGGAUGGAUACAAGGGACGUCCUUGUUGUUAACCCCACAAGUUCCAACCAAGUGGAUCCUGAUUUUGUAGAAUCAAACAAGAGACUUGAGAAAUGGUUCUCCAAGUAUCCAUCUGAAACAAUUGUUGCCACUGGUUUCAUUGCUUCCACUUCGAAAAAUAUCCCAACCACUUUGAAAAGGGAUGGCAGUGACUUUUCUGCAGCUAUAAUGGGUGCUCUAUUCAGAGCUCGACAAGUUACCAUAUGGACUGAUGUGGAUGGCGUGUAUAGUGCAGACCCUCGUAAAGUUAGUGAGGCGGUUAUUUUGAAGACUCUAUCUUAUCAAGAGGCAUGGGAAAUGUCAUAUUUUGGUGCAAAUGUCUUGCACCCACGCACCAUAAUUCCGGUGAUGAGUUAUGACAUUCCCAUCAUAAUAAGGAAUGUUUUCAACAUUUCAUCUCCCGGAACAAAGAUUUGUCGUAUUCCUGCAAAUGAAUUUGGAGAGUCUCAGAGGAUGGAUUCUCUAGUGAAGGGAUUCGCUACAAUAGAUAAUUUAGCCCUGGUGAAUGUUGAGGGAACUGGGAUGGCUGGUGUUCCAGGUACAGCAAGUGCAAUAUUUAGUGCUGUGAAAGAUGUGGGAGCAAAUGUUAUUAUGAUAUCGCAGGCUAGUAGUGAGCAUUCUAUUUGCUUUGCUGUUCCUGAGAAGGAAGUGAAUGCAGUUGCAGAGGCUUUACAAUCUAGAUUUCAUCAAGCUUUAGAGGCUGGGCGUCUUUCUCAGGUCCAAGUUAUUCCAAAUUGUAGCAUUUUGGCAGCAGUUGGACAGAAGAUGGCUAGUACUCCUGGUGUCAGUGCUACCCUUUUCAAUGCUCUGGCUAAGGCUAACAUAAAUGUGAGGGCUAUUGCUCAAGGUUGUUCUGAAUACAACAUUACUGUGGUGUUGAAACGAGAAGAUUGCAUUAGGGCUUUAAAGGCUGUACAUUCACGAUUCUAUCUCUCAAAAACUACUCUAGCUGUAGGCAUAAUUGGACCGGGUUUGAUUGGAGCCACGUUACUUGACCAACUUCGAGAUCAGGCAGCAAUUCUUAAGGAAGAUUUCAACAUUGAUUUGCGUGUGAUGGGGAUCAUAGGUUCAAGAAAAAUGAUUUUGAGCAAUGUGGGAAUUGAUUUAUCACAGUGGAGAGAACUUCAAAAAGAAGGAGAAGAGGCUGAUUUGGAGAAAUUUACCCAACAUGUGCAUGCAAAUCACUUUAUUCCAAAUACUGUAUUGGUAGAUUGCACUGCCGAUUCAGAAAUGGCAAGCAAUUACUAUGACUGGUUACGUAAAGGAAUUCAUGUGAUCACACCCAAUAAAAAGGCCAAUUCUGGACCACUUGACCGGUACCUAAAGUUGAGAACACUUCAGAGGCAGUCUUACACACACUACUUUUAUGAAGCAACUGUUGGAGCAGGUCUCCCAAUCAUCAGUACCUUACGUGGGCUCUUGGAGACUGGUGACAAGAUUUUGCGCAUAGAGGGCAUAUUCAGUGGAACUUUGAGUUAUAUCUUCAAUGGUUUUACUUGGAAUCGGGCUUUUAGUGAGGUGGUUGCAGAGGCAAAACAAGCUGGCUAUACUGAGCCAGAUCCUAGGGAUGAUCUUUCGGGAAGUGAUGUCGCUAGAAAGGUCAUAAUCCUAGCCAGAGAAUCUGGUCUGAAGUUAGAGCUCAGUGAUAUCCCAGUUGAGAGCCUUGUUCCUGCUCCUCUAAGAGAGAGUGCAUCAAUAGAGGAGUUCAUGCAACAACUCCCAAAGUUUGAUGGUGAAAUAGCAAAAAGAAGAGCAGAUGCGGAGGCUGUGGGUGAGGUUUUGAGGUAUGUGGGGGUCGUGGAUGCUGUUGAGAACGAGGGGCGUGUUGAAUUGAGGAGAUAUCCCAAAGACCAUGCUUUUGCUCAAUUGUCGGGCUCUGAUAACAUCAUCGCCUUCACUACUUCGAGAUACAGGCAACAGCCUCUCAUUGUAAGGGGACCAGGUGCUGGGGCAGAGGUCACUGCAGGUGGAAUUUUCAGCGAUAUCUUACGGUUGGCCUCCUAUUUGGGUGCCCCAUCUUAGCGCGCGCUCUGUGUGUGUGUGGGUAGCAUGCUGUAUUUUUAAUCGUUGUGGGGAAGACCUGUUUUUUGCGGUCAAGUGAGUGCUAUUUCCCAUUGUUAAAUUGUUGACAAAGGUAUCAAGUUGUGAGAACUGAGUCAUCUUUAGUUAGGCUGUUUUGUGUGCACUUGGGUCCUGAUGCUAUUUAAAAGGUUUAGCUUCCAUUAGGGACACUCUUUCCUGCAUGCUAUAUUUUGUUGUUGGGAUUGAAGUAGCACAGUUAAUGGCAAUUUACUUUAUAUAAUGGGAAAAUAUGUCCUUAUUCCUUAUA